AUGACUGACCGCGAUCGAUCUUCAGGGACCCAGUCUUGCCCGCCUCCGGAGUUGCCUCAACUGGUCGCUGAACAGCAUGUCCCUAUUCCUGCCAAUGACAAGGAGACAAAGCGCUUGAUUGUCGUCCUCUCCCAUGCCAGUUUGGAGACGUAUCGUGCUUCCCAUGGUGGUCGCAAUGGCUCGGGUCGGGAUGAAAAAUACUCGUUGCUCAAUAGCGAUGAACACAUUGGUGUGAUGCGCAAGAUGAACAGAGAUAUCAGUGAGGCUCGGCCUGAUAUCACCCAUCAGUGCCUCCUCACUCUUCUCGACUCGCCGAUCAAUAAGGCUGGCAAGCUCCAAAUCUACAUCCACACUGCGAAAGGCGUCCUCAUCGAAGUUAACCCAUCCGUCCGCAUUCCUCGUACCUUCAAACGGUUCGCCGGUUUGAUGGUUCAGCUGCUGCACAGACUCUCCAUUCGUUCCACCAAUUCUCAAGAAAAACUGCUCAAGGUCAUCAAAAAUCCUAUUACGGACCACUUACCUCCCAACUGCCGUAAAGUCACCCUCAGUUACGAAGCCCCAGUCGUGCGGGUCAAGGACUACAUUGAUUCCCUGGGUCCCAAGGAAAGUAUCUGUAUCUUUGUCGGUGCCAUGGCAAAGGGCCAUGAUGACUUUGCGGACUCGUUCAAGGAUGAUACUAUCAGUAUCAGCAACUACAGUUUGAGCGCCAGUGUUGCGUGCAGCAAAUUCUGCCAUGCUGCGGAGGAAUCAUGGGGCAUUCUUUGA